UCCUCCUUCCAAAUGCACACGUGUCACCAUCUCACACUCCCUCCACAAAAUAAUUUUACACCUCCGUCGGUGACGGUGACAAUGGCAAGCAGUCAAACAGUGUCCGUCUUCUUCCUCGGCCACACCGCACCGACACUCAACCUUCAGAUCCUCGCUACUCUCACUCUCAGACCACCCCAAUUCCGAUUCCUCAACCCACCAAAACGCAGCGUCUCGUUUCGCUUCGACGGCGUUCUUCGCUUCCGAUUCCGCCCAAUCGAAUUAAACUAAUUAUCCCAAAAAUUAAAUCAUGACAAUUUUGGGCAAUGGCGAUUGGCUGCGAAUCCCGUUGAUCCUGAAAGUUUGCGGAAUUGUGAUGAUGGCAGUCACCUUCUUCUACUUCGGGAAGCACUGGUCCGAUGGGUCCCAGCAGCUACUCUUCUUCACCACCACCACGAGCCGAGCACCCUCCGCCGUCUCCGUCUCGCCCAACCUAGACAAGCCUUUCAAUCUCUCCGCCCUCAUAAACGAAACCCUAGCUCCACCCCCGUUGCUUCCGUCUCCGCCGCCGCCCGAUGUGGUCCAGAGGUUCGGGAUCGUCGACGAGAAUGGCACCAUGUCUGACGAUUUCGAGGUCGGGGAUUUCGAUCCCGAUGAGGUGGUGGAGAAUUGGGGCGGCCAGAACGGGACUGUGGCGGAGAGUGAGGGGAGCGGGUCGGGUCGGGUGAGUGUGGAGAGGUUCGAGCUCUGCCCGAAGAGUAUGAGCGAGUACAUACCUUGUUUGGAUAAUGUGGAGGUGGUUAAGAGGCUGAAAUCCACGGCGAAAGGCGAGCGGUUUGAGCGGCAUUGCCCGGAGGCUGGUCGGGGUUUGAAUUGCUUGGUUCCGGCGCCCAAGAGCUACAAGAGCCCAAUUCCAUGGCCUAAAAGCCGGGAUGAGGUUUGGUUCUUCAACGUACCUCAUACAAAAUUAGUGGAAGAUAAAGGGGGUCAGAAUUGGAUUAUCAGACAGAAGAACAAGUUUAAGUUUCCGGGAGGUGGUACACAGUUUAUACAUGGAGCAGAUGGUUACUUGACUGAUAUUUCUAAGGCGGUCCCAGACAUCACCUUCGGUCAGCAUGUCCGAGUUGUUUUGGAUGUCGGAUGUGGUGUUGCGAGUUUUGGUGCGUAUCUGCUGUCGCGAGAUGUCCUUACUAUGUCAGUUGCACCUAAAGACGUCCAUGAGAACCAGAUUCAAUUUGCUCUUGAGCGCGGUGUGCCUGCAAUGGUAGCAGCAUUUGCAACUCACCGUUUAUUGUACCCAAGUCAGGCAUUUGACCUGAUACAUUGCUCACGAUGUAGGAUUAACUGGACUCGUGAUGAUGGCAUAUUGUUGCUUGAGGUUAAUAGGAUGCUCAGGGCAGGAGGAUACUUUGCUUGGGCAGCACAGCCAGUUUAUAAGCAUGAAGAAGUUCUAGAGGAGCAGUGGCAAGAGAUGCUUAACCUCACCACGCGGCUUUGCUGGGAAUUGGUGUCAAAGCAGGGCUAUGUUGCAAUAUGGAAAAAGCCGGUUAACAACAGCUGCUAUCUAAAUCGGGAUGAAGGAACCAAACCUCCAUUAUGUGAUCCAAGUGAUGACCCAGACAAAGUUUGGUAUGUUGAUCUGAAGGCAUGCAUCACAAGACUUCCUGAAAAUGGCUAUGGAACAAAUGUCACAGCAUGGCCGGACCGUUUGCAAACUCCCCCUGAUAGGCUUCAGAGCAUACAAAUUGAUGCCUUUAUAUCCAGAAAGGAGCUAUUUAAAGCAGAAUCCAGAUAUUGCCAUGAGUUAGUUGGAGGUUAUGUUCGUGGUUUAAAAUGGAAGAAGUUUAGAUUAAGAAACGUAAUGGACAUGAGAGCUGGCUUUGGAGGAUUUGCAGCUGCACUAAUUGAACAUGAUUUAAAUUGCUGGGUUAUGAAUGUGGUUCCUGUUAGCGGCCCCAACACAUUACCUGUUAUAUAUGACCGUGGACUCAUUGGAGUAAUGCAUGACUGGUGUGAACCAUUUGAUACAUACCCACGGACAUACGAUUUAUUGCAUGCAGCCAGCCUUUUCUCUAUUGAGAAAAAAAGAUGUGAUAUCUCCACAAUCAUGCUUGAGAUGGACCGGAUGCUAAGACCUGGUGGUCGUGCAUACAUCCGUGACUCAAUUUCUGUCAUGAAUGAACUUCAAGCAAUCGGAAAAGCCAUGGGCUGGCGCGUCAAUUUACGAGACACAUCUGAGGGGCCUCAUGCAAGUUAUAGACUCUUUAUUGGCGAAAAACGCCUCUUGCAUAGUUGAAGCAUUGGGACAUGAUACCAGAUUGUAUCUUACUAAUUUUCUGGAGGGAUUGGAGUAGCAGAGAUUGGGUAGGGCAACCUCAGAUCAAAACUCCGUCCGGGGCGGAUAAUGAGGAUUGGAGUUGGUACUUGACACACAGAAUCGUCAUAGUCGUGAGUUUAGAUUAUGAUUUAUGUAUUCAAGAAUUUCAAUUUUUUUAUGCAUGUUGUAAAUGUUGGUCGUAUCAAUAUACAAGAACUUCAAUUUUUAGAUUAUGAUUUUAUCAUGA